AUGGCACUGGCAAAUACUUUGAGACUAUGCAAAAUAGCGUCUCAUCGCUAUGCCAGCUCCCAUGCGCAAUUGAAGUACUGCGCACUACCGAACAAGAGCUUUCUUCAUAUCAGGGGACCCGAUGCUGCGAAGUUCCUCAAUGGGCUUGUAACUUCGAAGAUGCUGCCGACAUAUGUCAAAAAAAACCUCACCACAAUUACAGUAGACGACCAUGAGUCUUCUGAGUUUGAAGCUGUCAAGGACUUUGACACAAAUCAUGGCAAUUGGGGCAUUUUUAAGGAAAAUGGUGCCAAUGGCCCUUACAUUUCCAGAUUUGGUGCAUACACCGGUUUGCUGAAUAGUAAAGGUAAAGUCAUGACAGAUGCUAUUAUUUAUCCUGCACCUUUGCUGAUUGAAACUAUAGAGUCACGCAAGUACCCGGAAUAUCUGAUUGAGGUGGACAAUGGCAUCGGCGCCCGAAUGAACGAUAUCUUUGAGUCUCACACAUUGGUAAGCAAAGUCAAGAGUAAAAUGGAGCCUGAAGGCAAGUUGAAAUCCUGGUAUCUAUCAGUUGGAUUUCCUGCUGGGAUAUCGGACGAAAAUCCGUGGCUGUCAAACCUAGUGACUCCAAUGGAAACUGUUAAAGCUCCAGAAAUCGCUUUAGAUUACGCCCGGCAUUUGUUGACAACCUUUUUCCAGCAUCAUGAACAGAAAGUGCUGGGCCUAUUUGUUGAUCCCAGAAGCGCACAAUUGCUUUAUGACAGCCCGGAGACCCCACUUAUUUUCCGGGUUAUUACCGCGUCGAAUGUUGCUGAAGUCAGUGACAUCUUCAAUGCACCAGACCUCCCCUUCAAGUUUGAUGUCCAAAAAAUAACGGAGGCAGACGUCCGGCGCGAAAGAUACACACAUGGGUAUGUGGAUGGUCUCUCGGAUUUCAAACAAGAUACUAUGCUGCCGUUGGAGCUAAAUUUCGAUUUCAUACCCAAUGCUGUGAGCUUUGACAAGGGAUGUUAUGUUGGCCAAGAGCUUACCGCACGUACAUUUUCGACUGGCGUGCUGCGAAAAAGAGCUGUUCCCGUGGUAUUGGAAAACUGGGAAUUACUUGAGGGCCUGGCAGCAGACAAAUACCUACAUAUAUGGGGCGACGACGAAGCGACGGCCGUACAGUCGUCUGUCCCUGAAUCCUCGAGCCCAUUUGCAGACAAGACUCCAACCCGGAAACGGCGGAGACCGAUUGGAUCCUUGCUGUGCUACGAAAAGGAUCGCGGGGUAGCAAUACUGAGAAACGAGCAAUUUCAAGAAGCCUUUGAACUUGACAAAACCCCAUAUUUAUACAUCGAGGCUGAAAGUCCGGAUUCUAGAGUUUCUGUGAUCCCUCAAAAACCCUUGUGGUACGAGGAAUGGAGAGAAGACUCACUGGAUGGGUAA